AUGCCUGAGCUCCAGAUCACUAGCAAUGAUGAGGAGGCUGACAUCUGGGAAAAGAUGGCCAAGCAUAAGUGGCAUAAGGCAUCAAGGGAAGAGGCCACACAGCUGGAGGCAGAGAGGCUUGAGAGGGAGCAACUGGAGGCAGAGCAGUGUGAAAGGGAGUGGGAGCAGUUGGAGGCUGAGAAGUGA